AUUUUCGAAAUCAUGCGAUUUUAGUCGCUAAGUGACUUUCGCAGUACAAUGUCGAUAAUAUAUGAUAAUGGUGUGCUUACAGUCCACACGAUACUCGCAAUGAAUUAAACAAUAAUAUCUGUAAUUUGCGUAGCUUUUUGUACGAAGACCCUUAAUUGUAGGAACAAAAACUCUAACAGACUUGGUUAAUUUAAGAAAAGAUAUUUUCAUGCAAUUAUGCUUUUUUUCAAAAGAUAAACGAUUUUCUUACUUCGACUAAUAAUUUCAUUGCGAAAGAGAGAAUUCAACCAAUUUUACUUUGCAUUUUUUGAAAAAACCUAUAAACACUCAAACUCCUUAUAAUUAUAUUUAUCACCAUAAAGUUACAAAUAAUUUAUUCCGUCAGAUAAAAGUCAUCUAGUUGUCAAAAAUGAGUUAAGUUUCAGUUUUGGUUUAUUUAACAUAUGUGUCAAAAAAUAUUAUCAUUCAGGUCUACCUUGGACCUGAUAUGAUUAAGAGAAAAAUGCAAGCAAACGCAUCUAAUGAUGAUGUCUAGUCUACAAUGGUAGGCUACCAACGCAAUGACAGCCUCACUCAUAGUCAGAAGUUUGCCGUUGGAUGCUUCACUGGCAUCCUAACACGCUUGAUCACACAACCUGUGGACAUCAUCAAAUUAAGAACUCAAUUACAAAAAAGACGACAUCUCAAACACCUUAACAUGUUCGAAAUGAGUAGGAAAAUUUUAAGGGAAGAAGGCUUCAGAGCUUUUUUUCAUGGUCAUAAUAUUGGACAGGUUCAUUCUAUCCUAUCUGUGUGCACCCAGUUCUUCAUAUAUGAAUUAACCUCAAAACAAGUUGUUAAUUCGAAUAUAGAUCAAAAACAUAUACCCAAAUUGUUGUUCUUCUGUGGUAUAAUCGCCGGCUGCUGUUCUGGCACUGUCGCUUUGCCUCUAGAGGUGAUCAGAGUAAGACAAAUGAUAGCCAAAGAACAAUAUAAGGGACUACUUAACGGCGCAAAGGCCGUCUACAAAGCUGGUGGCAUUCUUGCUUUUUAUGAAGGCCUUUCUGCUUCUCUUAUACAAUACGGACCAGCCGUUGGAUUGUCGUUUUCUGUGUUUCGCUUUAUGCAACCACUACUAUUAAGAAAAAUGGCUCAUCGUCGUGAUUGUACCGAUGCACUCACUACUGAAUAUAAGCCUUCCCAUGUCGUAGUCGCAAGCAUGAUAGCUGGAUCCACAGCAGGGUUUGUUUCAAAAACGGCUACGUAUCCACUGGACCUAGUGAAACGGAGGUUGCAAAUCGGAACUCACAAGGUAGAUGAAAGGUUCGCCACCAGUACGUCCCGAAAUCUCGUGCGAUGUAAAAAUUUUUUUACAUGCAUUGAAAAUAUAGUUAAAAGGGAGGGCUUCAGGGGACUAUUUCAAGGUUGGCUAGUUACAGUUCUUAAAUCUCAAUUAACAAGUAUUGUAGCAUUUACAACUUACGAAUGUUUAUGUUAUGUUGUUAGGGAAUUCAACAAAACUGUCGUUUGAUUAUUUUUAGACAUAUUUGGAUUUUAUCAUAUAUCAAUAUAUGGUCUAAUGUUAAUGUCUAGUAUAAUGUUGUAUUUAAAAUAUAGCCUGUUUAUGAAAAAAACUUAUUAAUAAAUAUUUAAACAACCGC